UUAAACGAACUCGCUGAGGAGGGAAGCUUCAUGCAGGAUUACAACGCCAUACGAUAAGAUACGGCGGCAGUUCGAUAGCAUAUCAGGUGGAUCAGAGACUUGCAUUUAUUGCAACCACAGGGCAGAAGCGAAUUAUUUCAAUGGUAAAAGUUGCCUUGGUCGGAGGAAGACUAGAAGUUAUUCGUAUUUGUUUCCACUGAAUAGUUUUAUUUUCAACUUUAUGACCAUCAGACUCGACUUGUACGAGUGUAGAAAAAUAAGACGGAAUGUUUCGGCUGCAAGGUCUACUGGAGGUGACUGUGAAGUCGGCCAGUGGCCUACCCAACUUGGAUCACGAUCCCAAAAAUCCCGACGACUUGAGUGAUCCCUACGUUGUUGUUGAGGUCGUCAGCCCCAAAUCUGGGAAAAAGAAACUGUGCAAGACCCCAACCAUUCAAGAUUCACUCAACCCAUGCUGGGACUACACUAUAUUUGCAGAGAUUGACCAGGAUAUCAGUGAAAUUUUAUUCACAGUUUACGACAAAGAUUUUCUGAAGGAUGACAAAAUUGGAUCCUGCUCGGUCCCAACUUUGCGGUUUAGCAAAUCAAAAAUUUUCGAAGAGGAAUUAAGCCUUAUUAACAACAAGCUGAAGGAUGCCGGAAAACUGAGAGUUAGCAUAAAGUUUUCAGGAAGUGCAAUUACAGGAAUCAUGAAAUCUGGCACACAAAAUAAAUCAAUGAAAAUUAAUGGUUGCGUAUCGAGGAUAUCCAAGACCGACAUAACGGACAAUUGCAGUCGCCUAUUCGCUCACGGGCAACUUUUAAUCAAAAUCAUCAAAGCUGAGGAUUUACCAAAUUUAGAUUCAACGCUGUUUAAAAAGAAGAACUUGAGUGAUCCUUUCGUGAUUGCCUCUCUGGUGGACGAUGAUGGAGCUGAAAUUGAUGUCGUUAAAACAGCCUGUAUCAAAGACAAUCUCAGCCCGGAGUGGAAUGAAGAGUUUCUGAUCAACGUUUGUCAUGAGGUCACGAGCAUAUCUUUCAAGGUAUAUGAUAAAGACAUGGUUACAAAACAGUUCAUGGGCUCUCUCCAAAUUCCAGUUGUGCCCCUAAUCAAGGAAAAGAAAAUAGAUGGAAAAUUUCCACUGAUGAAUAACGAAAAAUCUUGCGGGAGUCUUCACGUUUCAGUUGAGUUGUCCGAAACGCUCGCAAAAGACGCGGAAGUUCCUAACUGUGUGAACAAACUUCACGCAAACAAUCUAGUCAAGCUUUACCAAGAUGCUCAUUGCCCUUCUCUGCCAAUUCAGCUGAAAGAUACGUCAGGCUCACCCAGAGUUCCAGGAAACGCCUGGGAAGACAUCUACACCGCUCUAAAAAAUGCCAAGAAUAUGAUUUUGAUUACUGGAUGGAGUGUGAAUACCAGCAUCGAGCUGGUGCGUGGGCCGGGUCGCAACGGACAAACUCUCGGCGAUCUCCUAAAAGAAAAAGCGGAUCAGGGAGUAACGGUACAUCUUCUACUGUGGGAUGAGAUUCUUUCUACGGACAAUGUGAAUUUGUCAGCCAUGAACACAGGUGAUAACAAAACACGCGAUUUCUUCAAAAACUCCCGAGUGAAAGUUGCCCUCGCCGUGCGAAACAAGAAGGGUGUGAAACAUGAUCGAAUUAGAAAUCACAGGUUCUCGACCUUAUGCUUCUCUCAUCAUCAGAAAACGGUUAUUACAGACGUAGCUAGUCAGGGCGGUGAUGGAAAAAGCCGACAUCUAGUCGCUUUCUUAGGCGGUCUUGAUCUAACUACGGGGCGAUAUGAUACGCCGGAGCACCCGCUCUUUGCCACGUUGGACAAGGAACAUAAGAAUGACUUCGUAAACAACGUCGUCAAAACCACCGUUGAUAGUGGCCCUCGCCAACCGUGGCACGAUAUUCACUGUCAAGUUGAAGGUCCAGCAGUAGAAGACAUUCUUGAAAACUUCACGGGACGAUGGAUAAAGCAAGGACUUAAGGACGACACCAGCAUUAACUUUAACAAUGUCGAAUUGAAACACCAUGUACUGAGCAAGGACAGUUGGAAUGUUCAAAUUUUCAGGUCCAUCAGUCACGAUUCAUUUCAUUUUCGCAUCCUAAAUUUGAAGAAUAUUUUCAAGAAGUCGGGUGUGAUGAUUGAAGACAGUAUUCACAAAGCUUACGUCCACCAUAUAAAAAGAGCACAGCAUUUUAUCUACAUCGAAAACCAAUACUUCAUGGGAAGUAGCCAUUUAUGGACCAAAUGCCGGGACAUUGAAAUUAGCAAUCUGGUUCCACUUGAAAUUGCAACAAAAAUCACCGAAAAGAUCAAACAGAAGGAAGAAUUUGUGGUGUACGUAGUUCUGCCGAUGUUUCCUGAGGGUAGCCCGGAAAAUGGAUGGAUGCAGGCAAUGUUGCACUGGCAAUUCCAUACCAUAGAAAUGAUGUACGGAAUGAUAGGAAAAGCCAUCGCAGAAGCUAACAUCCAAGCCAGUCCCCAAGACUACCUGAUGUUCUUUUGUCUGGGGAAACGAGAGGGCUACGAUUCGGUGCCGCAACGACUAAAAGCUCCUCUCACAGCACCGGCGGAGAAGGCCUUCACGAAUCGUCGAUUGAUGAUUUAUGUUCACUCAAAGAUGGCCAUCUUCGACGACGAGUAUAUCAUUGUUGGAUCCGCCAACAUCAACGACCGUUCUCUGAGAGGAACGCGAGACACUGAAAUUGCAAUGGGUGCUUUCCAACCUCAUCUGAACGACCCAACCAAAGGUGAAGUGAGCCAGUUCCGUAAAAGCUUAUGGGCUGAGCACUUUGGAUCAAAGGCGCCAUUGGAUCUUGAUCCUGGCACAACAAAAUGCGCCAAAACGGUUCGCUCGAUGGCCGAAGAGAACUUGCUGCGUUACUACAACGUUAUUAUGCCAUUGCCAGAAGGACAUAUAAUGUUGUAUCCCCUGAGUAUCGAAGAAGACGGAACUGUAAGAUCCCGAAAAAACAUGGAGGAAUUCCCAGAUACCAGCGCUCCUGUCGAAGGAAAAAGAGGAAUACAGAGUAUGGUUACAGAAGUCACUACCUAGAUGAAGUAUAAGAAACUCUAUCACCUUCCAAAGAAUGAACAACACUUUUUUCAAAGCAAUAGGUUAUAUUAUAGCUUGUAUAGGUGCUUAUUGAUCGCCAGAUUGUAAUUCGAAUUUAAAUGUUUAAGGCCACCCAUUCGUGAAAUGGCAAAUUUUUUAAAAGCGUUGAAAAAUAGUCAUGCUGAGAAUACUGAUGUGACAAUUUGCAAUGAUUCGUCUUGGUAUUAGUCAACUAUUAAUGUUCGCUAAAUAAUUCACAAACGCAAGCUUUUAUUGCAUUGUUUUUACCUACGUAUUGCCUUUAUUGCUUUAGCUACGUAUUGCAUUAUUGCUUACCUAUGUAUUGAUUUUUUGUAUUGUUUUACCUGUUUUUGUUUAUUGUAUUGUUUUUAAUUAGUACCUACGUUUUGUACCCACGUUUAGCACCUCCGUGAAAGAUGGGUGUUAUUCAUAAUUGUUAAUUCAGAAUGUGUGAACUGUGAAAAAUCAUAAAAUUUCUCGCUUAUAUGACAGCUAAUAAACAUAAUAGAAACUGUCGACACAUUACAGCGAAUUUUAAGGUUAAGAACGAGCAAAUUGCAAAUUUAUAAAUCCCUCCUAUUAAAACGGGAAACAGAUUCGCGCACGGAUUUUCGGGCGCUCCCAUAGGGAAUAUUAUCGAAUUACUUCAAGAGUAUUUG